GGGAUAAUUCAUGUCAAGUAGAUGAGAGCUAUGGCGAAAACUUUAGGUGUUUAAAAAGAUCGACUAAGUGCCCAUUUUGAGGCUUGGGACAUCUAUUUUCAAAUGCCAUGUGCGCCUUUUUUGGGCACCAACAAUUUCGGCCACAACUCUUAUCCACUUGCCAUGGAUUAUCACAGAUCUUAUACUAAACAACUGAGCAUCAGUGAAUGUAUUGAAUCGAUUUACAAAUUUGCAAAAUAAUUAUUAAUAUGGAUCUGUCUUCACAUUAUCUACAUGAACCAUGUUAAUAGCAUUUUCCUGUUCAGGACUAAUAAUGAUAAUAAUAAUAAUAAUAUUUAUUUACUCUAAAAUACAGGGAACAUGAAACGAGUAAAUAAAUAUAAUAUAUCCAUAGGAGGACAACGCCUGUGCAUGGAUCAUAUGUAUGUUGAAUUGCAAAAUAUAAUAAAAUAGAGAGAAAAAAUAAAUUAUUGGUAAGAAUGGUAGAGCAUUUAUUGUGUAAUAUUUGAGAUUAUUUUAUUAAUUUGAUUUCUCCCAAUCGU